GGCGACUUUUGAUGACGUGUAAUAGAGUCGCACCGGAAGAUUGAAAACACGUUUUUUUAGUCAUGCCGGUGAAGACUACGAAAAUGUUCCUUCUUUAGGAUAAGCACGGUUUGUGACGGUAAGAACCCAUGGCCAUUGAUACGGAGUGGCUGAUUAAAAUUAAGCUGAAGGUCACGUAAUCCCCCCUUUGAACCAGUCUUGAAGGGUCAUAGGCGUCGCCAUGGCGCUGGCAGCACAGAGGCUCUGUUUCCAUGGCAAGACGGCGUUGGCUCCCAUGGUACGUGUCGGGACGCUGCCCAUGCGCCUGCUGGCUCUCGACUAUGGCGCUGACAUUGUGUACUGUGAGGAGCUCAUCGACAUCAAGAUGGCGCAGUGCCAGCGAGUAAAGAACGAGGUCUUGGACACGGUAGAUUUUGUGGCCCCAGAUGAGAGGGUCAUGUUCCGCACUUGCCAGAGAGAGAAGGACUGUGUUGUCUUUCAGAUGGGCACCGCUGACCCCGAGAGAGCACUGGCCGUAGCUCGACUGGUAGAGAAUGACGUGGCUGCCAUUGACGUCAACAUGGGCUGCCCAAAAGAGUACUCUACCAAGGGGGGAAUGGGAGCUGCCCUUCUGUCUGACCCAGACAAGAUAGAAGCCAUCCUCAGUGCCCUCGUCAAGGGUGUGUCCAAGCCUGUGACGUGCAAAAUCCGGAUUCUCCCAUCCCUGGAAGAGACUGUUCAGCUGGUUAAGCGGAUUGAGCAGAUGGGCGUGGCCGCCAUCGCUGUCCACGGCAGGAAGAAGGGGGAGAGGCCUCAGCACCCCGUCCACUGUGAUUUCAUCCAGGCUGUGGCAGAAGCGGUGUCCAUUCCUGUCUUCGCCAAUGGGGGUUCUCUUGACCUGGUAAAAAGUCACGGUGAUAUCGAGGCCUUCCGGGAAUCCACAAAGGCGUCCUCCGUCAUGCUGGCACGGGCCGCUAUGUGGAACCCUUCGAUAUUCCGCCCCCAGGGGAUGCUGUCCCUGGAGGAGGUUAUGGAGGCCUACAUCCAUCAUGCCGUCCGCUACGAGAACCACGUCUCCAACACCAAAUACUGCCUGUGCCAGAUGCUGAGGGAGAGGAUGGAGUCUCCUCUGGGGAAGCAGCUUCAUGCUGCCCAGACCACCGCCGAAAUCUGUGAGGCCUUUGACAUGGAGGAUUUGUACAAUGAGACGCAGGCCUGGAUGAAGACCCGGAAGGAGGUCCUCAGCUCUGGCCUCAACGGCCAGGAUGCAGAUUUCCCUGUUCUGGAUGGUGAUGUCAUCACCCUGCCCGUGAAGUUCAUCAGGAGGGAGUACCAGCCCCAGAUCACGCCCAAGGUGUGCCUGCUGGAGUGGAGCCGGCGGGAGAGGCUGGAGCAGCCGGCGUACGACACGACGCAGCGCCCCCUAGACAGGGCCUUCCAGUCCACUGUCACUGUUAGUGGGAAGAAGUACAGAUCAACCAUGUGGGAGAAGUCGAAGAAGUUUGCUGAGCAGGCGGCUGCCGUUGUGUGCCUCCGUGUUUUGGGCGUGCCUGAGGGGCGGACCGAGGGGGGGGCGAUCGCACCUGGCAGCAAGCGGAAGAGGGAGGUCGGGUUAGACCAUGGGGACGAGGACACCGACCAGACUACAGCCAACGGGCUCUGCGGCGUUUCCGACUCCAGCAGCCAGAAGCGACGCCCUUCCAAAAGCCAGCCUGACAGCCCAAAAGAGCUCCGACCUGGCUCUGCCUCAUAG